AUGAUGGUAUUUAUUAAAAAUAUGAUUAAUAAUGAAACAAUUCUAUCAACAUUCUCUUUAUAUGAUCUAUAUCAUCAAUUUCCAACAACUUACCUAUCAUUUGCUGAUUUAUAUACAUAUGAAAUGAUUAUUUUAUUUAUCUAUGGUAUAAUGAUUAUAUUUUCAUUUUGUACAAAUUUUAUUGCAAUAAUUAUAUUCUUUUUUGGUCGUCGUUCUCGUUCUGAACUAACUCCAUUUCUAUUGAAUUUAUCUAUAUUUAAUAUAAUAAUGACUGUGUAUUGUAUACCAUUCACAAUAACAACAGUUAUAUUUAAGCGUUGGCUAUUUGCACGCGCCCUAUGCAGUAUUGUUGAUAGUUUAAAAAAUUUUUCUGUAUGUGGUGUUCUCUUAACAUUAAUUACAAUAGCGUUAGAUCGUUAUUGUUGUGUUAAAUAUCCCUUAACAAUUAAAAUGUAUUCUCCAAAAAAACGAAAUUUAAUUGCAAUUAUAGUUAUAUGGACAGUAAGUAUAAUAUCAGCUUUAGUAUGGUCACCUGCACGUUCAAAACCAACAAUAGAAAAACGUUUAUGGGUUAAUUCUCAUACAUUAUUAAAUGAAUAUAUACAAGCACUUGACAAUUUUACGGAUACACCAAAAUCAAAUUAUUAUUUUGAACAACUUAAUUUUAAAAUUGUUGAUACAUUACAAUGUUUACCCAAUAAAAGUGGACGACCCAUUGAAGUUCGACGAACAAUAUUAAAUUUUUUACAAACAUUUUUUUUUCCCGUAUUUAUUCUUGCUUUUGUUUAUGUACGAAUUGCAAUUAUAUUAUGGCAACGACGAAAUGAUGUUAAUUAUGAAUUUAAUAAUUCAACAAGUAAAAAUUUAUUUACAAAUGAAAAUAUUCAAUUUAAAAAAAAAUUAAAACAAGGAAUAAAAAUGUCGUUUGCAGUUGUUGUACUCUAUACUAUUCUUUGGUUACCAAUGAAUGUAUUUCAAUUAUGUUUAAACUUAAUCUGUUAUCAAGACACAAAUUAUCAAAAAUUUUGUACACAUCCAACUAUUCCUACAUUUCUUUAUAUCACUGCUCAUUUUUUAACAGUAUCAAAUACUGCAAUUAAUCCAAUUAUAUAUGGAUUUACUAAUAAUCGAUUUCGAAGUGAUAUCCAUCAGUUACGUCGUCGUUUGAUUCAUUGCAGAGGAUCAACACAAACAUAUUAUCAAACAAAAUCUGCAAGAACGCAAAAAGGUGUUCAGGAUCGUCUUAAAGUUAAAAGAAAUCCAAAUUUAACAGGCGCAAAAAAUCAACGAAUACAUCAAAAACAAUCUUCACCACAACCAUUAUCAUUAACUGAUCAAAAUAAAACUCCUCGAACAGCAAAUACAAGUGUUUUUCCAAGCAAAGAUGUUCUUGUUACUAAAACAAGACACACAACAUAA